AUGGAGAACAUUGAGACGCCAUUUCGGAUCACCCAUACCGUCCAAGCUCUGGGCUCCGCUCUUCGGGGAGAUCCUGAAAAUGUUCCCGAUGCUAAUGGUCUGGGUAGCGGGGACAGAAUCUCGAGUGAGCCAGAGAAGCUUUGGUUCAAAGAAAGCAGCGCUAAGAAUCUCCGAAACAGGGACUUCUUGUCACCCACCACGGUGCUGAAUACGCUUUAUGCAGACGGACAGGUCGGUCUGUUAACGUUAGAUUAACAGUUAGCUAACUAGCUUACUUCUUCUUAUUUCAUUCUCGUAUAACCCCAUUGUAUUUUGCCUUUGAAUUGUUUGCAGUUGGUGCACUGCUUGUAACGCAUUGGUUGACAGACAGACACACACAGUUGACAGCACGCGCUUUUCUCUUUGAUAUGUUCAACUCUCGAGAGAUAUGUGGAGGCUAAUUUUACCCCAAACUGUCAUCAACAACUUCCACUUUAUGAUUGUGAACGAAAUUGAAUACAUACAUUUUCAUAUUUGAGACUUGACAUUGCCAUCAUCGACAUAACAUUUAAACCUUGGGGCAAUAAUUAUUAACCCCUGACUAGCAAAUACAAUGUGGGUCACACAGCAAAAUGUGCCACCGUGUUUCCACAUGACAUGGGUCUCGUUUUUGAAUGGCAUCUGUCAAUACAACACCACACAGUCCUGCAGGAGGCAAAUUAAGCCUAUACCAUUGCAGGCAGAAGGCUACUACUGCAAUAGUCUUUGACUGUGUGAUUGAUAGUGCAUAUGUCUUUGCAUGUUAGAAAACUGUCUGAAUGCAUGGACAGUAUGUAAGUGCGAUGUGUUUGUGUGUAGGUUCCCCCAGCAGUGAUGGGUAGAGUGCAGUCCCUGAGAGGGACAGGGGUUCUUCCUGUGGCUGGGGGGGAACUCAUGGGAGAGGGGCUGAGGGUGCGGGUCGACCGGACUGCUGCGUUUCAGAAGGUCCUGAGUGGAGCGUCAGUGUACCUGAAGCCUCCUAGCCAGAGACAGGGGUGUGUGGUGCUCAACUGCCCCGCCCUGCACCCCAAACCCAAUUUACCGUCCCCUGACACCCUCACGUUGGGGCAACUACGCACUGUGCUGCUGACUGACCACUUAGGGGCACUACUGAGGAGACAGGGGUGAGUUAGGAGAUGGCUUAAUUACUAGUCUGGCAUAAUGUCAUUGUCCAGUAUGUAUGUAUCUGCUGUGUUGUGUAUGUUCAGUGCACAUAAAUAUGUGUUAGACUGUGUAGUCAGUGUCAGUUGCAUCACUGUUUCUCUCAGGUUUACUGUGUCCUGCUGCCCUGUGCUACCAGAGGAAAGUGACAUCAUUGUCUUCCUCCGAUUGCUUGGCAUCGAUUGGCCCACAGUGCCCAUCAGCUGGACCAAUGAUGAGAGGGAGGAGAAAAUGUUGGAGGCUUUACAGAAUUCCCCAUACAGAGAAAAAGAGGAGACAGAUGGAGGAAGAAGAGUGAGUGAAGGAAAGAAUAUGGAUGAAGAUAAAGAGGGGAUGCUCAGGGUGAACUUGAAGAGGGUGUUUCAGAAGGAGCAGCUGCCAGGGGAUGACCCCAGCCUGGGCACCUGUACAGGUGAGACAAACAACAUUGACCUUUGACCUGGGGAUUGGUUGUAAAUGUGUUAACAUAUGAAUAACACAUACAGUGCAUCCGGAAAGUAUUCAGACCCCUUUACUUUUUCCACAUUUUGUUACGUUACAGCCUUAUUCUAAAGAGGAUUACAUUAUUUUUUCCCCCUCAAUCUACACACAAUACCCCAUAAUGACAAAGCAAAAACAUUUUUUUAUUUUAUUAUUUGCAAAUGUAUUAAAAAUAAAUAACUGAAAUAUCACAUUUACAUAAGUAUUCAGACCCUUUACUCAGUACUUUGUUGAAGCACCUUUGGCAGCGAUUACAGCCUCGAAGCUUCUUGGGUAUGUUGCUACAAGCUUGGCACACCUGUAUUUGGGGAGUUACUCCCAUUCUUCUCUGCAGAUCCUCUCAAGCUCUGUCAGGUUGGAUGGAGAGUGUCGCUGCACAGCUAUUUUCAGGUCUUUCCAGAGAUGUUCGAUCAGGUUCAAGUCCGGGCUUCUGGCUGGGCCACUCAAGGACAUUCAGAGACUUGUCCCAAAGCCACUCCUGCAUUGUCUUGGCUGUGUGCUUAGGGUUGUUGUCCUGUUGGAAGGUGAACCUUCGCCCCAGUCUGAGGUCCUGAGCGCUCUAGAGCAGGUUUUCAUCAAUGAUCUCUCUGUACUUUGCUCCGUUCAUCUUUCCCUCGAUCCUGACUAGUCUCCCAGUCCCUGCCGCUGAAAAACAUCCCGACAAAAUGAUGUUGCCACCACCAUGCUUCACCUUAGGGAUGGUGUCAGGUUUCCUCCAGAUGUGACACUUGGCAUUCAGACCAAAGAGUUCAAUCUUGGAGUGCUGCAGAGAUGGUUGUCCUUCUGGAAGGUUCUCCCAUCUCCACAGAGGAACUGUGGAGCUCUGUCAGUGACCAUCAGGUUCUUGGUCACCUCCCAGACCAAGGCCCUACACGCGAUUGCUCAGUUUAAGGUGGGCGGCCAGCUCUAGGAAGAGUCUUGGUGGUUCCAAACGUCUUCCAUUUAAGAAUGAUUGAGGCCACUUUGUUCUUGGGGACCUUCAAUGCUGCAUACAUGAUUUGGUACCCUUCCACAGAUCUGUGCUUCGACACAAUCCUGUCUCAGAGCUCUAUGGACAUUUCCUUCGACCUCAUGGCUUGGUUUUUGCUCUGACGUGCACUGUCAACUGUGGGACCUUAUAUAGACAGGUGUGUGCCUUUCCAAAUCAUGUCCAAUCAAUUGAAUUUACCACAAGUGGACUCAAAUGAAGUUAUAGAAAUAUCUCAAGGAUGAUCAAUGGAAACAGGAUGCACCUGAGCUCAAUUUCGAGUCUCAUAGCAAAGGGUCUGAAUACUUAUGUAAAUAAGGUAUUUCUUUAUUUUGAUUUGUUGUUUUUUGGAAAGUUUCUACAAACCUGUUUUCACUUUGGAUUAUUGGCUAUUGUGUGUAGAUUGAUGAGGGGGGGAAAUAAUUUCAUCAAUUUUAGAAUAAGGCUGUAAAGUAACAAAAUGUGGAAAAAGGGAAGGUGUCAAUAUACUUUCCGAAUACAUUGGCAAAUGGUAAGGUCAAAUUGGUCAAUAAAAUUGAUUUCUUUCACAAGGAGCUAGGCCUAUAGGACACCUUUUUAGAUAUGAAACUUACUGUAAUGUAGUUUAGGUAAAUAAAACCUACAAAGAUUAACAGUUUAUAGGAACUGUCUGUAACACACAAUCCUGUUGAUUUGUCCUCAGUGCAAAUGGACAGUGUGUCUCAUCUGGCCCAACUGGACAGGGCUACUGCAGGCUGCACUGUGAGUCACAUUUUCUUCCCCAAAAACUUUAAACAUCAAGCUACAGCCGUGUACUACUAUAGCUACUAUGUUGUUUUGUUCAUACAGUACUAAACAGUAUAGGGUCUCAUGUUUGUUAUCACAUCUCUUAUUGACCUAGGUAUCCACGGCAACCGCAGUACAUGUCACUUCCUGUCAGGAUGAGUUCCGUCAGCAGCAGAUAGCAAUGCUGUGGAGAGCCAGCGGUGCAACAGUGACACAGGUUUGUUUGACACAACAAUGCAUUAACUACCACAUAGUGACGAUCUGUACCUCCCCAUACUAACCAGUAGAGGCGCACCAAUAUUUAUUUUUGCUGACCAAUUUAAGUACGAAGUACUUACUCUUGAGGAUCAGCCGAUGCCUACCUACCGAGUAAAACUAUAACAACAUCUGAUGGUAUUGACAAUAUUGCUUUAUGUUGCUCCAAAUUUACUCAGAUUUUUAUCCAAAAACAGUUUAUAAACCUAUCCUGGCUGCAACCACAUAUGAGCAGUGUUAGAAUUCGUUACUUGUAAAAUAUUACAUAUUACUCGUUACUUUCAAUCAAGGUAACGCGUUACAUUACAAUACUACUUUCUGUGCAAAGUAAUGCGCUAUGUUACUCCUUAUAUUGCAAACACCAUCCAAUUCCGCUUGCCAACAAGGCAUGUUGGUCACCAAUUUAAUAAUGUAGAGGAUACAUUAUUAAAUUGAAGGAUUUUUAAGCCUUGAAACAUGGAUUGUGUAUGUGUGCCAUUCAGAGGGACCAUGGGCAAGACAAAAGAUUUAAGUUCCUUUGAACGGGGUUUGUGUCAAGAACUGCAACGCUGCUGGGUUUUUCAAGCUCAACAGUUUCCCGUGUAUAUCAAGAAUGGUUCACCACCCAAAGGACAUUCAGCCAACUUGACACAACUGUGGGAAGCAUUGGAGUCAACAUGGGACAGCAUCCCUGUGGAAUGCUUUAGACACCUUGUAGAGUCCAUGCCCCGACAAAUUGAGGAUGUUCUGAGGGCAAAAUGGGUGAUGCAACUGAAUAUUAGGAAGGUGUUCUUAAUGUUUUGUACACUCAGGAUACUCUAUAUAGUAAGAAUAUAACAGAAUACAAUUGAAAUAUAAUAUAUUUUUCCCAAACAUACUUUUGUCUUGCGAAUGCUCACUUGAGAAAUGGAUGGACCUGCAUGUGACUCUGUGGGAGGAUUUUCAGGAAGUUGCUUUUUGGUAAAAAUACAAAAUAAGCGUGUGCUCUGUUUUCCCUGCCUCUGUGUCAAUUCCACGCUGUGUUGUUCAUCAUCAGUCUCUUCAUUCACAAUUUGACAAUAAUGCAUACAAAUAUUGUCAGAUACAGACAGAACAAGGCCACCUCUUAAUAUGAAGAUUUGAAUAAUUCCAAUUGAAUAAUUCCAAGCAGAAUGAAAAUAAAGUGUGAUCAGGCCUCACUGUGACAACAGCUUGUAUCCUUCUAAAACACUUGUGAAAUAUUUGUUGUUCUUAUCAAAGCAGUGAUAAUAAAUGAAAUUUCCAUCAUGGAAAACAUUUUUUCAAACCUUUCUGAAAUGGCCUUAGUCACUCAUUUUGUGGGACAGAGUCUCCGUGGAUUACUCUCCACGCAGCCAGAGACUGGCUGCAUUUCAAACACAUAAAAGACACACCCUCCUCCACUUACCCUCGCCUUAUGCCCUUGGGGGAAUCCAGGCGGCCAUCUUUGCCGUCGGUCGAAACGAUUAGCCAAGCAAGGGAAGUUGGCAACGUAAGCCCCUCGAGUUUGUGAUCGAGUUUGCGAUUCUGUUCACUCCGGGGCCUGAAACGCCCCAUAAUUCAAUUUGCGAUGAUUGUACAUCCACUAAGAAAACUCAGCCAAAACGUUAAACCAACAUCAGUAUGGAGAAGUCAACAUACAAGUGUAAGUAAACGAAUGUAAAUAAGUUAGAAAUUGUGCUACUAAUGCACAUGACGGCACAAACACGUAUCGUAAAAGUAAUUAUGUUUUUGUUUGGUUAGCUUUUGGAAACGUUAGCUAGCGCAUACAACUUUCCCUGAUAUCACACUUAUACAUUGUAAUUUUAGAUUUACCUGAUAUCGUUGGAUGACUUGCAUUCGAUGAUGCGGAUGCGUUGUCUUCUAGCCAAGAUAUGAAAUGCAAUCAUAAUUGACUGUAGCGCAUAUAAAGCACACACAACAGCUACCGGUGGUUCCAUGAUGACUGAAACAACCGUGGGACGAACGAGUGACACAUUUCCGGGCAAAGGCGGUCCAUUUAAAAUUCCUUCAUUCUUCCCUUGCCCUGCAAGUGUCAACUCAUCAUACCUCAUGAUAUGUCAUCAGAAGUGUUUACUUAGUUUGAGGGCUGAGGGGAGAGGGUGUGUCUUUUACGUGUUUGGAAUGCAGACAGUAUCGCACUUGCAAAAAUACUGAUUGGCUAGUGAAACGCACCCUCUGACCUCUGAUUGGACCAGCAAACUGUCAAUCAACACCGGUCGGGUGAGCUAGCGCAGUGAAAAGGUUUUGGGGGGUAGCGAGUGUGAAACUGAAUGGGGAAAAAUAGUUGUCUACAUAUUUUAAUAGUCUACAUAUAGCCUACCAUUUGUAUUUUAUAUGUAUACCUUUUGCUUAUUCGAUCUGGUCACUAACAUAGGUCUACGGCAUUGCACAACAUUUUUGUUUUAAAAAAUCUAAUUUGUUCUUCAGAAAAAAAGGUUGCACGUCUUGACUUGACUGUUGACCAAUGACCAGUCAUCAGAAUUGGUGAGCAAAAGCAGGCACACAUACAGUUUAGUGACCAGAAAUUGCUUGUUGAAUUUCCUUCUGUUUUGCCUGGCAAAAAUAAACAGAGUAGCCCACUUACCUUAAUAUUGUCAAUAGGGUGAAUUCAGAAAAGUGGGACAUUAUAUAAACUGGGACAGCUUAAUCCUGAGACGUUUAAUUCUUGAUCUGAGAAGAGAAAAUCAAACCUGUUGUUACUAAGCCCUUGCGGAGAAAACACAUGAUAAAAGUCUCAUCACUUCAUUGGUGUAACAUUAUAGAGGGGGCAGAGCAACCUUCAAACAGGAAGCUCACCCCUCGAAGCACACAGAUGCUACGGUUAUAAAACGGUCAUAAAUAAUGCACUGUGCCAAAUUGUGCAAAAUGUUUGAAUUCCAGUUCAAAAUGUGCCUGCUCUGUCGCAGUCUACCAUUGAAAACCAUUGAAGACUACACGUGUAAAUGUCAUGCCAUUUGUAUUUGAGCAAUAUGAUUGGCAGUUCAUUCAAGCAACACCAUGGUCCCGCGGGUCACCACUUCUUGAGCAGUACAUGAGUCAUAUCCUAUCGGGCCAGUGACUGACGAGAGCCACGUUUUUACUGGCCCCUGCGGGCCAUCAUUAAUAUCGGACACUGCACGCGAAAGAUAAUAAAUGAAUGUGCCAGAAAACAAUAGGCUAGGUGGAUUUCGACUCAUCGUUACCACAUUAUAUGGGACGUGCAAAUGAAUGCGCUCGGUGUAAAAAUUUGACUACAACUACAGCUCACACAACACACACACCCAGGUACUGAGAGGCGGGACAGACGGUAGACUGUCAAACCAGCAGUGUUUCCCUGUCAUCGCUCACUUUGUGACUGACAGGUGCCUGUCCUGUCAAUAGAUUGCUAGAAGAUGCAUAUUGUUCAUUCUAGCGGGAGAGGGCUCGGCAGACCUUUUUCUGACUAGCGAAUUGAAAAGUAGCCUAGUUAACUUAAAGGUGCUACACAGGAUUUAUUUUUUAUUUUUGCAUUGUAAUUUCAGAAAAUGUCCAUAAUUUAUCUGACAUUAAUAGUGGAAUGAUAGUGUUUCACAGUAUUACUUACAGUGUUGUGAUUGGCUGUGAUAUUCUCCUAUUGAUUUCUCCCACCUGAGCGGCAUCUGUUGUAAAACUGGGAAAGCUGUUUUUGACUUUGUGGCUGGGUUAUCUAGUGGAAAUCGCUCUGUCAUUUCUACGCUGUUUGCUCAAUUUCAGUUUGUUAGAAAACAAGCACUGAAUAGUGUAGGGAAUCAUUGUACCAUCAAAAAACAAAAACAAAAUACCCAGCUGAAAAUGACUCAGUAAACGGCGCUAGUGGAAAACACUGACUAUAGCCUGUUCAAUAGUUCUUGUAGUGCUGUUAUGAAUACUGUUAUUUGAGUGAAUUCAGAAAAAGUGGGACACUUUUUUGCAUUUCCGUCUUCUAUAACCUCGUCAGACAUGUAUCCAACAUAUUAGCCCAAAACAUGAUACAUUUCUGAAAUCCUCAGAUGUUUCCUAAUCACACAAAAUUGAAUUGAAUUGUCAUUGGGGUACAAUUAGGACUAUAAUAAUGGUGUCCUAGUUUAUCUAACCUGCUGUCCCAGUCCACCAAAUGCAAACUGAAAAUAUGGUUUUGACUCAGUGUACAGAUGGGUGUGUCAUGCAUCCUGUCAAUAUGAUAUUAACAUUUGUGGUUAGGAAACAUCUUGAAGAUUUCAGAAAUAUAUCAUGUUGGGCUAAUGCAAAAAGUGUCCCACUUAAUCCGAAUUCACCCUAGUGUUUAGCAAUCUGCUAAGUAAGCAUCUUUGCUACAACAAUAGGCUACCUGGUGAUUUCAUUGAUCAAUUUCAUAUUUCAGAUAGGUCUAGUUUGGGUGGGUUAUAUACCUCAGUGGUGGUACUGGUUAUGUCAAAGAUAGUUGUAACAUCGCACUACCUUCAAUACUUAUGGGAUGAAGAUGUAACAUAUUCUGGCGAAUUAAUUAGGACAUUUGUGAGGAAGAAAAAGGCUACAGAGACAGAUCAUGCUUUCCAUCCAAUCUUGCAACCUAGGCAUCAUACAGGUAGAGCUAGGGAAUAGCAACUCCAGUCCUCAGGGGCCUAUUGGUAUCACACUUUUGCCCCAGCUAAAACACCUGACUCCAAUAAUCAACUAAUCAUGAUCUUUAGUUUAGAAUGCAAUUAGUUUAAUCAGCUGUGUUUGCUAGGGAUGGGGGAAAAGUGACAUCACUACGAACAUAUGAUCCUGCUUGCUCUAGACUCCAGAGAAGUGACAUUAUAUCCCUAGUUGAUAUUGACUGCUAACAUGAAUGACUUGCAGGUGUAAAACAGUUUAUUUCUGUAUCUUGCGUUUUGAAAAUACAUCACAGUUUGACUGUAAUGACAGGCUACAUUUGCGCAGCAACUGUGCGUGCGUUUUCGUCCUGUGCGCAUGCGCAGGGAUCGCAAGCUUUGAACCACUUAUUUUUGGGGGUCACUGGUGAAAAUUUGAAAACCACUCAGCUAGUGAACAGAUAGCUGAUUUGCUGUACAGCUAUAGGAACGGGUGCAGCGCAAACACCAAAUUGUAGGGAGAGAGGAUUGCCAUAAAUGAUUAUGCAGUGCCAAACAUUGUUUGGUGAUCAAGAAUAUUAACCGUUUUACUUUGCAAGCUCACCAGCAAUGGGGCAUCAAGGAACACUUACUAGCAUAGGCCUACUGGUCUUUUGGUAUGUCAAAAUUGCUUGAAAUGUAUAAUUGACUUAUGAAGUUUGCAUUUGGAAUUUGUUGUUAAUAUCUUAUUACAUAAUCAAAAUCUGUUGUAGACAAAAUAUUGAAAAGGGUCUGGUAGCCUCAAUAAAUGAUUUGAGACAACUUAUGACUACUGGACUGGACUUGACUUGCUCUUAGAAUGCACGACUUGGACUUGACUCGACAGGUUCUACUUGGGACUCGACUUGAGACUUGGACCUUGUGACUUGAGACUUGCUUGUGACUCGAAUGAUAGUGACUUGGUCACACCUCUGGCCUGGACUAUAGUCUACAAUGCACAUUUACUUGCAGCCUUGAAAUGAAAUAAAACGUCAAAUAGAUAAUAACAUUAGAAGACUGGCAUAACCACUAUGAAUUUACUUACUGUGACAUCGUUUCAGAACAUAAUAUGGCCCAUCUUUUCAGUUAUGCUACUUUGAGCAAUCCAUUUAUUUAACAGGAAAAGGAGUUUCAGCAUGAAUUCGGUAGAGACAAGGCUUUUAAAAAUAUGAUACACUGGUUGAUUUAUGAUUCUGAAAGUAACGCACUUAUUACCUCUUAAAUGUAAAGUCCCCAUGUUUGGGGACCCCGUUAGAUUUUCUUAUUCAGUCUGGUAUGAGAAUGGUAGCCCCUAUCUGCAAAAGCAGGGUGUCUGCGGAAAGCUGAGUAUCUUGGCUAUUGAUCUGUGCCUUCAAAUCUUUGGUAUGUUUUCUACCAUAUAUGGGCAUACGAAUGUAUAAGGGCAGGCCGAGGCAAUUACCUCAUUUCAAGAUGGCUGUUACCUACAUUCCGGUUAGCGUUGUGAAGCAUAAACGAAAUAAACACGGAAUACGUGUAUACACACCGAAAGCCAGGACUCCACAGAUCAUGAGGAUGUCUUAUUUGUCUGCGUGUGACCUACCGUUAUUGAUCACCAGCCCCGAGAGUCGAAAUAUUUAUUUUACACAAUGUUUUCACCAAACAGCAAACAUCUUACAGUGACUAUAUCUUUGCGCAUCAAAAAUAGGACGUUGCCUGCUUACGUAGGCGUCCAUUACACAGGGGAUUGGCUACUAUGGCACCUUGUCAGUCUUGUAACCAAUGAGUAAGCUUUCCAGGGAUAUGCAGUUGACCUGGGUGGGACAAAGCAAGGCCUAGAACCUUUUAUGUGUAACGCAAACUAUUGCUACCUGGCUCAGAGACUCACCGAGCACACUACAUUACAUUGUAAACAGAUUUCAUCGCUUUAGCAUAAAAGAUGGCUUCUCAAGGGGGGAAAAAACUGUAAAAACUAAGAAUAUCGAACAGGAAGCUAAAAAGAAGUCGGCUAUGAAUAAGUAUACCGACAUAGAAGCUUUGAGUAAAAUACUGGUGGACUCGGAUCAGGGGAGCGAUUUGGACAACGAGUAUUUCGACUCGCCAACGAAGAUUGCUUUCUAGAAGGAUAGGAGCCUGAUUAUUAUUUGACCAUGCUUGUCACUUAUGAACAUUUUUGAACAUCUUGGCAUGGUUCUGUUAUAAUCUCCACCCGGCACAGCCAGAAGAGGACUGGCCACCCCUCAUAGCCUGGUUCCUCUCUAGGUUUCUUCCUAGGUUUUGCCUUUCUAGGGAGUUUUUCCUAGCCACCGUGCUUCUACACCUGCAUUACUAGCUGUUUGGGGUUUUAGGCUGGGUUUCUGUACAGCACUUCGAGAUAUUAGCUGAUGUAAGAAGGGCUAUAUAAAAUAAAAUUGAUUGAAAUUGAUUGAUUGAGCCACUUUUAGGUCUGUAAGUACAUUAUUUACAUGACUUUAUAUAGCUAAUUUACUAUAUGUAUUUCGUUUUUUAUAAGUUGUCUGCUUUUUGUGCUUUGGAUUUAUUUUACAUAGGCCUAUGAAACAAGUAAUUUCAAUGUUAUUUAAUUCCAAAGUAGUUAUUGUCUAUGAUUCCUAUUAGUUUGCUGUUCUAAGUUUCAUCCUUGUGACUUUUGAGAGGCCACUAAACUCUCAUGGCCAUUGUUUAUUUGUGGUUCUUACCUCUGCCUUUGUCUCCAAAGUGUUACUGUUUGCAUUGUGUGUGUGCUUCACACCCAUGUGAGUCACUGUACAGAUAAAGUUUAGGCUUGGUGUUUUUACUUUACAGUAAUGUGUUUUAGUAAAUGUGUGUGUCUUAGUAAAGGAUGCAGCGGAUUUGGAUGAUGACAUUUGGGAGCCACCCCUCCCCAGCAAGCGCCCCCGCCGGUCAAGGUCUUCACCCCCCACUGCUAUGUCAAUCACCCCGUCUGAUGGUUCUACAUCCACUUUUCAUAGCCCUCUUGAAAAAUAAAAUCGGGGCUUGUGGCACCAUUCGUCCUAAAAUAAUUGGUUUCCCCAAGACCAAGGUAAACGACAUGACAGCAGAGAGGGGGACCAUACAUUGGAUCAGGACUAACAAGCUGCUUUUUGUGAAAUGGAAGGACACUAGGGAAGUAACCAUGCUCACCACACAGCAUAAGGCAUUCAAUAACAACCACGUCUCAAGGAUGGUGAAAAGGGAAGAAUGUCCCCAAUCCUGUUUCUGUGAAGGACUACAAUGCCAGCAUAGGGGCUGUCGACCUAUCUGAUGCUCUGAUAGGCUACUACCAGGUCCUCCACAAGACCAGGAAGUGGUAUAAUACUUUUUUUAAACCACUUUGUGGACAAAGCUACAGUAAAUGCUUUUCAUUCUCCACAAGCAGUUGGCCUUCCGAGAGCAACUAAUGUUGGAAAUGGCUGAAUUGGGGGUCCAAAGCAACCUCACAACCAUCACAAGACCCCCCACUCCAAGUGAGCGCCACUAUCCAACACACAUGCCAAAAGACAAAAGGAAGAACUGCAAGCAUUGCACAAAACACGGGGGGAAAAAGGGGGAAAUUCCAGAUCUUCUGUCUGAAAUGCCAGUUCGUGUCCUGGCAGAUAGGGACUGCUUCAAAGACUAUCACGACAUGCACAAGCUAGGGUGAAAGUGAAAUCUAAUCAUCUACACCUGGGAUGUAAAACAAACACGAAUGCCAUUUGUAAAUAGUUCAGCUUAUUUAUAUUUUUGCACCUUUUUUAUUGAAGGACACGUGUGUAACCAACUUUGUGUUUGAUAAGAUAUUUUUAUGUAUAUCUGUUGCUUUUAUAUUGUUUUUGUAAACAGUUCAUUUGUAUUUGGGACCAAUACAUUGGAUAUGCCUAGGCUAAACGUUCAGGCACUUUGGAGAGGUUGAAAAAACACUUGGAUAUCCCCUGUAAGUCCCCCGACACCACCACAAUGUUUGAGAGAGGUUGGUGUUGUAGAAAUUUAGUUUUAUAGGGAACAGUAACUUUUAGGCACAUCCAGUGUGCAAAAACAGCGCAAUUACCACAUUCUGACACUUUUGGAGAGGUUGAAAGGACACUUGAAUGUACCCUGGAUACCCCAUAACACCACCACAAUGUUUGAGUGAGGUUGAUAUGGUAAAAAUGUGUUUUUAUUCUGAACAAAUAGCAUUUAGGGAUUGCAAAUAUUUAUAGCACUGUAAUUAUCUAAUUUAUAGACAUAUGCCACUUUGGAGAGGUUUAGGGACAUCUGGAAAUGUCCCGUGACCACACCUGACACCACUUACUAAAACAUCUGCCCAUUUCUAGUUGUUAGGUCUAUCAAUCCCAUUUUUUUCCUGAUAUUGUUCACAUGUUAUGGAAGCCAUCUGCUGUUUCUCCAGCUCUGGGCAUCAAUAAUUCACUUAUAGUUUGUCAAUGAGUAUGACAAUGUCAAUGAGUAUGACAGAGCGAUAAGAGUAAUCAAUGAAAGAUUACAAAAAAAAUUAAAAAAUUAAAAAGGUUAUUUUGUCUGUGCUUGAUCUUGUGUAUUCUGAACUAUGAAAGUCCUAUCUUCUGGUCAUUUCCUCAUAAUCUUCCAGAUGUCGUCUUUCCAAAUAUACUACAUUUUGGCAUGUCAGAAUCAUGUAAUUACACAUGAAUAUCAGUUACUUUUGGGUAUGUCUAUUUAGGCAGAAAUCAAAAUUUUGCCAUUACAUUUAAGAGGUUAAAAAAGUACCUGUAAUAAUAAUAUUAUCCAAUUUUAGAAAGUAAUGUAUUACAUUACACCAUUACUCAUAAAAGUAGCUGAUUACGUAACGCGUAAUCAGAAUCAUAUCUCUACCGGUGAGUUAUAUAUAAAAAAGCCUUGUCUCUACCGAAUUCAUGCUGUAACUCGACAGCUCAUGUUGUCUUAUAAAUUGAUUGCUCAAAGUAGCCGAACUACUACAUUUUACAUUUUAGUCAUUUAGCAGACGCUCUUAUCCAGAGCGACUUACAGUUAGUGAGUGCAUACAUUUUAUUUUAAUUUAUUUCCAUACUGGCCCCCCGUGGGAAUCGAACCCACAACCCUGGCGUUGCAAACGCCAUGCUCUACCAACUGAGCUACAUCCUUUUGUAACGUGUUACCCCCCCCACCCCCACCCCUGCAAAUGAGUGAUCACAUUUUUCCCUCUUUUUCUUACCUCUGUCUGUUUCUUAGAGGCAUCUUGUUUGUGGACCAAUGAAGACACCUGGAACUCACCUCAGUGCUGCCCAGUAUCUUCAGUAAGAACAUAUUUUAACCUUUUGAUUUAUCUUUAGUCCCAGUAACUAAGUCUAUCACUGUACUCCGCUGUUUGCUCUGUAGUCUUUUCAGAUCUCUAAUGUAGUCUUUUCAGAUCUCUGUAGUCUAUUCAGAUCUCUAAUGUAGUCUUUUCAGAUCUCAUCGAGCCACUGUGUUUGUGUGUGUGUCUGUCUCAUUGGCUCCUUGUUCACCUGUCCUACAGACUGAGAAGAGUGCAGAUGAAGGAGGCCUCGGAGAUUAAGUAUGGAGAACAAGUCGAAGGUGAGUCUGCUCAAUUUGUCUAAAUUCUGUAGCAUGUGUGUACUUUUUAAUGUGUAUGACCAGGGACUGUUGUGGUAUGUGAUGUCCCUCCUUGGACUUGACACUUCUAUUACAACUCCAAAUACUGUUUCAGACCAAACUUGGGAUGACAUCAUCAAGGUCAUGACCUCAGCCACGGUGAGGUUUGAGAUGCUCUCAACAGUCCAUACGAGCCCGGUGAGUCUUAGG